AUGACCGGCCCGGCGCUGGGUUACGCCUUCAUCCUCGCGGUGUGCGUGAUCUGGGUCGGCGGAUCCUUCCUGGUGGAGUCGCUGGAGGGCCAAGGCCUGUCGCCGCUGCUGCUGACGUUCAUAUGCAACGCGCUGUUCGUGGUGCUGCUGCCCGUGUACUUCCUGAACGAGUGGAUGCUCAUGGGGGAUAAGGAGUGGCGGGGUUGGGGCGCGGAAGCACGCGGGGGGUGGCAGAGGCUGACGGGAUUCGAGGGCGACGAGUUGGCGACGGCGACGACGACGACGGGGGACGCGCGCAGCAGCGGCGGGGAGGGCGGCGACGGAGGGUUCGGCGGCGAGGCGCGGGACGCGCGGGGAUCCGGUCGGCGACAACGACGGACGUUCUCGGACGAGGACAUCGAGCUGGACGAAGCGCCGACGCCGGCCUCGCCGCCGCGACCCGCGCCUCGGACCGCGACGGAGCGAGAUGAACACGCCACGGUGAGAGAAACGGUGUGGGCGGCGUUCACGAUCUCGCCGCUGUGGUUCGCCGCGCAGCUGUGCUUCAACUACAGCCUCCUCUACACCUCCGUCACCUCGAACAGCAUACUGAGCACGUCGUCCAGCGUCUUCACCUUCGGCCUGUCCGUGUGGUUUGUCGGCGAGCGGUACAACCGGGAGCGUCUGGCGGCCAUCGCCGCGUACGUGCUCGGGAGCGCGUUGGUCACGCUGUCGGAUCACAGGGAGGACGGCGCGGGUUCGAACCCCACCGAGAGCACGAAUUUCGGUAACUUCCUCACCGUCCUCGCCGCGGCGCUCUACGCCGGGUACACCACCGCGAUUCGAUACUUGCUCCCGGACGACCCGCGGGUGUCCAUGCUGCUGUUCCUGGGUGUCGUCGGCGUGGUGAACUUGCUCGGCGUCGGCGCGGUCAUCGUCCUCGGUCACUUUGGGCUGGGUAUGUUCCCGGACGUGUUCGACGACGUGACCCCGCGGGUGUUCGCGUGGGCGUGCGCCAAGGGGCUCUUCGAUAACGUCCUCUCGGAUUACCUGUGGGCGAGGGCGGUGCUGCUCACGUCGCCGACGGUUGCGAGCGUCGGGUUGAGCAUGCAGAUACCGAUGGCGGCGUUGGUGGAGGCUGCGAUGGGGCGCGCGAGGUGGGCGGACUCGGGUUUGAGCGCGUUUGGGAUGCUGGGAGGAUGCGGGCUCGUGCUCGCGGGGUUCCUCGGGGUGGUGUACAAGUAG